UUGAUUAUGCAGGUGGACACUCGCCGGGAAAGGUAUUUUUAGGAUUAGCUUGCUUGUUUGGGAAGGCAACUUUAGUGAAACGUAACGUUAGUUACACAUUGUAGUCUACCAGUUAGCCAGGUUGCUUCUGUCCGUUUGCUCCUAAGCCAUAGAUGAAAGGAAAUACUUUCACACUCUCAAGGACGACCCUCCCCUGUCCCCUCCCCACCCACCCCCCCUUUUUGUCAGAGAGCAUGGCUCAGGAGACCAAUCGGACGCAGGUGCCAAUGCUUUGCACCCUGGGCUGCGGUUUCUACGGCAACCCCCGCACAAAUGGCAUGUGCUCCGUCUGCUACAAGGAGCACUUGCAGAGGCAGCAGGGGGGGGGCCACACCACCUCCCCAGGUGAGAGAGCUGCUGCAGCCCUGGCGGGAUCCCCUGGAGAAGCUCCUGUCGCCGUGGAAACGACCCCUGAACCCAGCACAGAUGGUCUGGCCCAGACAGAAGAGAGCAAGUCCAGCUCCCCCAGCCCGGUCACCCAGCAGAUGACGGCCAUGAGCAUCUCCCAGGACAGCGGGCCAGUCGACUCGGACCAGGCCGAAGCGGACGAGGAAGAGGAGGAUGAGGACGAAGGGCCUUCCAAACCGUCGGGCGAGACCGCAGAGGCAGCGGAGGCCGUUUCCGACGGCGACCAGACCCCCGACAAAAACAAGAAGAAGAACCGCUGCUUCUCCUGCCGGAAGAAAGUGGGCCUCACAGGGUUCGACUGUCGCUGCGGCAACCUGUUCUGCGCCGUCCACCGCUACUCGGACAAGCACGACUGCCCCUUCGACUACCGGGGGGCGGCCGCCGCCCGCCUGCGCAAGGAGAACCCCAUCGUGGUCGCCGAGAAGAUCCAGAAGCUGUGAGGAGGAGGAGCGCGCCAUGGCAACGGCGACCGCGGAAAUCCGGAAGAAAAAAAACAAAACAAAACAAAAAAAAAAAGACCCCCCCAAAACAACGGAGAGAAGAAGAAAACGAGGGUGAAUCCCAGACAGAGAGGAGGAGGCGGCAGCGCUGGGAAUGACCAUGCCAGACAACCACACCUUUUUUUUUUUCUUUCUUUUUUCCCCAGGUUUUUUUUUUCUUCUCUCUUUUCACCGCUCCUGACCGCUCAAGGCAUAGAGGAUUUUGGGAGAGCUGUGAGGGGGACGUCCUCUCUGCACCACCCGCCCCCCCUCCCCUCUCGAGCACCUGUCUGAGUGAGUGACUGGGUUAACAGUGUGUCAGCAGUGUGCUUAAGAGGGACGGGGGGAAGGGCCUCUGAUUGGUGGAUAUAUCAGCUGCGUUCAGGCGCCGCCAUUUUGUUUUUCGAAAUUUUAUUUGAUCUUAUUUUAUUUUUUGUUUUAAUUAUAUAUACUCUGCAUCUGGGGAGGUUUUAUUUUGUGUACGCCCCCUCUCAGCAGUAGAUAGUGAGGCUGGUGGGGGAGUGGUGGGGGGGGGGGCUGGAUGGGGAGGGGAGGGGCCUGGGUGGGAAGGGGGAGGGGCCUGUAGAGGGGGGUGGGGUUGAACAGAGAACAGGACUCUGAUGUUUUGCACCAAGGGGUUAGUGAUGUCCUCUAGUGUGUAUAUCCUCAUGGACACGAAUCAUUUUCAACAUGCAGUACUCUCAAGGUCAUCCUCUUGGGGGGGGGGGGGAGAAACGAAAAGAAACUUUUUUUUUUUUUUUGCCCUCUGACAUUUUAUGAUUUUUUUUUGUUUCAUUUAAAAGGACCGACAUCAUUGUCAGAAGUGCAAGAAAAUUUCAAAAACUCCCAGUUUUCCACAUAAAAAAAAGAAAAGAAGAAAACGAAACAAGGUUUUACUUUGGUAUUUUAUCGUACUAAUGCUGGGAUGCAUGUUUAGUAUUUUUGCAGAGGGGAGUUGAACUUUGAGCUAAGCGUGAUUGAGUUCUGUGUGUGUUUUUGUUUUUUUUUCUCUCUCUCUUUCUUUCUGUUCUGAGCGUAUGAUACCAGAAGGUCUAUAUUAAUAUAUUGUAGUUAGCUUGGAUUGUGUGAUUGCAUUCUAUUUAUUUUAUUAUUAUUAUUAUUAUUAUUAUUAUUAUUAUUUUAAAAAAAGAUAAUUUCCUGUUUGGUUGGAUUGUGCUGGAGAGGACAGGGCUGUAUGUGUGAGCAGACCUGUUAGAUUUCUCUCUUGACCUUUCAGUUAUUCUUUAUGCAUCUUCUUUAAUAAUGUAACCAAUUUUUUUUUGGGGGGGGGGGGGUGGUGGGGGGAAAUACACAUACGUGGAGUGGAGUCCUGUUGAUAUGCGUGGGCGAGGACACGAUGAACACAUCCGCGAAAACGCCCCGUUGUUCACGGUGUCAGAGUCCAAGCACAGCUCAUUCAGUUUCAGAUAUCAGUUAUGCAGCACAAAAAGCAAUCGAAAUAAAGGUGCAAAAAAAAAGAAAAAAAAGGGGAAGUGUGCAGUGCGUAGCACAAACGAGUCAUUUUAUUCGUAGCGGUUAAAGCCGGAGAGGCCGGGGAAUUGUAGGUUUAAAACAGGGAAAAUGGAGCGUUAUGUACAUUGUACAAACAAACAAAAAAAAAAGUGACCGUAGAAAAAAAAAACAAAAGGGGGGUGGCCCUGUGUAAAGUAGACGAGUUCUUGGGUGCUCAUGGGAAGCGGAGCAUUCAGACACCGCCCGACUCAGAACCGCGUGCUUGUGCGUACAGCGGCGCCCCCCAGUGGAGGGACCGAUCCACCGCGUUUCUGCUGUUUAAAGAGCCGUCUCUUCCGGCUCGGCACCGGCUGUGUACUCACGCGUCUGCUGCCCGCCUCGAGUUCAAACCCAACGGGCCGGACCCGACCUGCUCGGAUUUCGCUGGAGCGCGGAAAAAAACCAGCAGGUCCGAUUUACCGGAGGCCAAAUCUCCCAAGACUCCCGUUUUACACUUUAAACAGCGAGGACUGCUCCAAGCCCCGAUUAACAAGGCUCUGCUGCUUUUGUACCGUUAAUGCCGCAGGACCUUCGGUCCGUUGAAUUUUUAAGGUGCACACCUGCAGCCUUUUCCAGAUCAACGGGAAGAAAGCAUUGAAGCGGGGCCCGCCCCCCAAACCCUGUUCCUGGAGCUCUGCCGCCCUGUAGGCUUCCAGUUCAUCCCUAGUUUGGCACGCCUGAUUCUACUGAUUGGCAGCUCGAUGAGAUCUCUAGCUGCCGAGUGAGGGGGUGGCUCUGUUAGGGUUGGAGUGAAAGCUUACGGGAUGGUGGAGCUGCAGGAACAGGGUUUGGGCAGCGUAUAUAAACGUGUCCUCUGUCCCCUCUCGGAGUAACAUGCAGUACCUGUGUAAAUGGGACCCAGGUGAGAAGGGUCAAAGGUCGUCUUGGGCUACAGUGAGGAGCGUGUUCCUGCAGGAGACAGAACCGGGCCUCACAUUGUACAGAACAGUCCUAGGGACGUGGUCCGGCGCUAGGACCAGAGUCCGGUUCUGGGCUCUCCUCUGGUAGUCAACGGAACUGAUCGCACGGCCCAGUUUUGUUUGGUUUUUGCAGAUUUUUUUUUGGGUGUGGAGCGCAGUUUAUGACGUGCAUAAAGGUAAGCAACCAUCGCCAUAGUAACAUCGUAUUUCAGCAAUAGCUCCCUGGUCCUGUAAUGGCACAUUUUUGGUUAAUACAGAUGAAAGAAAAAGGAAAAAAAAAAAAAUGUAUAAGAAAUGUUUGCUUGUGUAUAUUUAUAGUGCAGUUGACUAAAUAAAGGCACCAUUAUGGCAUCGCAUGGGGUCUGUUAGUCCGUAAGUCUUGUGAGAGAGAGGCCUCUGCAGACUGUCCACGCCGGUGUUGAACGCAGCGACCUGAGCCCCUACUCCCGUCCCAUUGGACGAACCAGCCAGCAACUGACAGGCCAGCGAAUCGCGUGGGGCUACGAUGGGUGCUCAAGUCCCGCCUCCGGACAGAAGCAGCCCUGCGGCGCGCGCUAAGGUGCCAGGUGUGCGCCCACCUGGUUGGAGAGAGCGUCACGGGGCAUUCUGGGAUUCCUUCACCAGCCAGGUGCUCUUGAUUGCCACCGCUCCCAUAUUUGAAGUUAUUUUUUUCCCUUUU